GUUCCAAUAUAACUUCAGACGAACACCCUCAACUCCAAAUUGGAAUCCCUGAUAAUUCCCACACCUGCCCUUCCCAUACUAUCAGUGGCCUUCCCAAAGGUACAAUCACCAUUCACAAUGACCCUCACCGACGCCCAAAUAUCCAUCGUCAAAUCCACCGCCCCUGUCCUCAAACAACACGGCGAAGCCAUCACCACCGUCUUCUACGACGACCUCAUCACGGAGAACCCCUCUCUCAAAAACAUCUUCAGCCUGACCUCGCAAGCCACCGGCGCCCAACCGCGCGCUCUCGCCCACGCCGUCCUCGCCUAUGCCACCUACAUCGACAACCUUUCCGCGCUCUCGGAGGCGGUCGCGCGCAUCGCGCACAAGCAUGUGUCUCUCCAAGUCGAGCCGGCGCAGUAUGCCAUUGUCGGCCAAUACCUGAUCCAAGCCAUCGGCAAGGUUCUGGGCGAUGCGGCGACUCCCGAGAUUGUAGACGCUUGGACGGCGGCAUAUGGAGUUUUGGCGAACGUGUUUAUUGGCGUCGAGGGGAGCAUGUACGAGGAGAAUGAAAAGAAAGACCACUGGAAGGGGUGGAGGAAGUUUAGGAUUGUGAGAAAGGUGGAGGAGAGCAGUUCCAUUUCGAGCUUUUACCUGAGGCCCGUGGAUGGGGCCACUCUGCCCAAGUAUCUGCCUGGCCAGUAUGUCUCUGUGCAGGUGCUGGUUUCGCAGUUGGGGUAUUUGCAGAGUAGGCAGUACAGCUUGAGCGAGGCGCCGAAGGAGGGAGGGAUGGAGGAGUAUCGCAUUAGUGUCAAGAGGGAGGAGGGGGAGACCGGUGCGCCGGGACUGGUUUCUAACUUGCUCCAUGGUAUGCAAGAGGGCGCGGAGGUGGAGGUUAGUCAUCCCCAGGGCGAGUUCUUCCUUGACCCCGCGGAUGCGAGCAAGGAGGGGGUACCGGCUGUGUUGAUCUCGGUGGGCGUGGGCGCUACUCCGAUGAUGGCUAUCCUCAAGAGCUUGCUUCAGGAGAAUGUCAAGAGGAGACCGGUGUCGUGGAUCCAUGCGAGCAAGUCGAGCUCGACGCAGCCGUUUGGCGAGGAGGUGAGGCGCAUCGUCAAGGAGAACCCUGAGCAGGUGUCGGCACAUGUGUUCUUGAAGACGGUGACAGGCACGGAUCAGGCCGGCGUGCAUUACGAUUUUGCGGAUACGAGGAUGGACUUGACCAAGUUGGAUGGGGAGCGGGAUCUGCAUUUGGCGGAUAAGAGGACGGAGUACUACAUCUGCGGACCCGAGACGUUUAUGGUGGACAUCAGGAAGGUGUUGGUUGGUCUUGGAAUGGAUAAGAGCAAGGUACACCUGGAGCUUUUUGCUACUGGUUUCGUUGCUGAUGAGUAGCUGAUGGAAUUCGGUGUUGUUAAUAGCGUAGUGUAAGAUAGAGGUUUUCUUUUCCAGUUACGAGCGAGAUUUUGAUACCUACUUAGAGAAGGGGCAUUGAGGUUGGGAUUUCCGCUCAAAAGUAUCUCUUUGAUGACUAUACAGAAUUCCAUAAAUCGAUCUACUGUGUACGUG